AUGGUUGCUCUUAGGAGAGCUGUAGCUCUCAACGCUGUCGCUAUCGCGCGGCUGCAGACUCGAGCAUUGACUGCCUGCACUCGAUCCCUCGCCCUCGCCUCCUCCCAGUACCGUACCUACACGACGAGUCCUCGACAACAUGCUUUCCACUCCCAGCUCGAGAACACCCCAACUCCUUCUGCUUUCCAGUACCAGAAGCCUCCUACCGUCGAGAACCCCCAAACUCUGGUUGAGAAGAUCGCCCAACAGUAUGCUGUAGGACUUGCCCCAGGAAAGAAGAUCAAGGCGGGAGAUUAUAUCGCACUCGCUCCCCACCAUUGUAUGAGCCACGACAACACAUGGCCCAUCGCAAAGAAGUUCCUCGACAUUGGCGCUUCCAAAAUUCACAACAACCGUCAAGUGGUAUUCACCCUGGACCACGACGUCCAAAACAAAUCCGAAGCCAACCUCAAGAAAUACUCUCUUAUCCACGAAUUCGCCGAGAAGCAUGGAGUCACACACUAUCCUGCCGGUCGGGGUAUCGGUCACCAGAUCAUGGUCGAGGAAGGAUACGCCUGGCCUGGAACUGUCUCUGUCGCAAGUGACAGUCACAGCAACAUGUACGGUGGAAUUGGCUGUCUAGGAACUGCCGUCGUUCGCACAGACGCCGCUUCCAUCUGGGCUACUGGUCAAACCUGGUGGCAAGUUCCUCCCGUUGCCAAGGUCACUUUUACCGGAAUUCUCCCCCCUGGUGUUACCGGAAAGGAUGUUAUUAUUGCCCUCUGCGGUCUUUUCCGAGACGACCAAGUGCUGAACCACGCCGUCGAGUUUGCUGGCGGUGAAAGCCUCCCUAUCGACGAUCGCCUGACUAUCAGCAACAUGACUACUGAAUGGGGUGCUCUCGCCGGUGUCUUCCCUGUAGACGAGAUGCUCAUCUCCUGGUACCGAGGCAAGGCCACCACCAACGCCAUGUUCGGUGGCUCCUCGAAGGACCGUAUCAACCACAAGCGUGUCGACGAGUUGGAGCAGAACAGGCUGGAGGCUGAUCCCAACGCCAAGUACGCCAAGGAGCUCUACCUCAAUCUGUCUACUCUCUCUCCCAUUGUCGCUGGUCCCAACUCUGUCAAGAUUGCUACACCUCUGAAGAACCUCGAGGCUGAGGAUAUCCCAGUCAACAAGGCCUACCUCGUUUCUUGCACCAACUCUCGAGCUUCUGAUAUCGCCGCCGCUGCCCGUGUCUUCCGCGAGGCCGCCAAGGAGAACAAGGACGUCAAGAUCGCCCCCGGUGUCAACUUCUACAUUGCUGCGGCUUCGCUUCCCGAACAGGAGAUCGCUGAAGAGGCUGGUGACUGGCAAGUCCUGCGUGACGCUGGUGCGCAGGUACUUCCAGCAGGCUGUGGACCUUGUAUCGGACUGGGCACAGGUCUUCUUGAGCUCGGCGAGGUCGGUAUCAGCGCCAGUAACCGUAACUUCAAGGGACGCAUGGGUUCCACCUCGGCUAAGGCUUACCUUGCCAGUCCUGAGAUCGUCGCUGCCAGUGCGCUCAAGGGCAAGAUUGCUGGCCCUGGCUGGUACCAGAAGCCCGAGGGUGUCGAGAAGGUCAUCAUUGGCGAGGGUAGCGGUGACUAUGUCGCCGACAAGGCUCUGUCAAUCGAGGAUGCUCUGGACAAGCUCAUCAACGAGGCCGAUGCCUUGAUUGCUGCUGCUGAGACCUCAGAGGGCGCCAAGGAGCAGGCUGCUAGCCCUGCUGCUGCCGAGGGAGAGGAGUCUCUGACCGAGAUCCUCCCCGGUUUCCCUGAGAAGGUUGAGGGCGAGAUCGUCUUCUGCGAUAGCGACAACAUCAACACUGAUGGCAUCUACCCGGGCAAGUACACUUACCAAGACAACGUCUCAGUGGAGAAGAUGGCCGAAGUAUGCAUGGAGAACUAUGACACAGAGUUCGGCAAGUUCGCCAAGGCUGGCGACAUACUCGUCACAGGUUUCAACUUUGGCUGCGGUAGCUCCCGAGAGCAAGCCGCCACGGCCCUCCUAGCCAAGAAGAUUCCCCUCGUUGUCUCUGGCAGCUUCGGCAACAUCUUCAGCCGCAACAGUAUCAACAAUGCCCUCAUGGGCGUCGAAGUUCCCCGCCUCGUCGCGCGCCUCCGCGAGACAUACAAGAACGACACCGAGAAGCCUUUGACGCGCCGUACUGGUUGGAAGCUUGUCUGGGAUGUUCGUCGCUCCAAGGUCAUUGUCACUGAGAAGGAUGGCUCAUCGUGGGAGCAAAAGGUUGGCGAGUUGCCUGCCAACGUGCAAGAGAUUAUUGCUCGUGGCGGUCUUGAAAAGUGGGUUAAGGCUAAGAUUAAUGCUUAA